AUGUAUUCCGUGGGAUCCGCCAGUGACUAUGGAGCCCAAAUGCUCAGUCAUGACUUUAUCAAAAGACUCACACGAGAACUGGUGUUUAAUCUUGAUGGGCAGCGAGUAUAUGGCAUGACUUUCAGCAACUGGGUGUGCACGCAUCAUGUGAUUGGGGACCCUCCGUUUGCGCUGUCUCAUGUGGGCUACGGAGAGAUGGCGGUCGAGAGGGUCGAGAGGAGUGAGGAGGGGAGAGGAAGAAGAGAAGAGGUGGAAGGGUGGGAGGGGGCCUUUUAUACCCCCAACAACCCGUACCUUCCUAAAAUGGAUGGCCCUUUGCUCCUGCCUUUUUUUGUUUGUUCCUGCCUUUUUUACCUCUCUCGGGGUUGUUGUAGCAGGUGA